UCCGGUUCCUCCCACGUGCUCCUUCCUGGCAGAGCAGUAACCUUACCCGAGGGGAGUCAUUACGGAUGCCCCUAAAGUCUGCAAUAAAGGUGCCCACGCGCAACAGCGUGGGUCAGUGCCAGAAACCCUGGGAUCCCGGAGGUCGAGGCCUCCACAUAGACGGGAACCCGGGCUGGCUACGUUGCCCGGCGCAGGCCAAGAGUCCCCGCGUUCCCGCCGCGCUCGGGCCGAUAAGGACGGGCGGGGUGCCCGGAGGAUCUAUAAGGAGGCCGAGGAGGCGGGCGCGGCCCCCAGAGCACGUCAGGCGGCGCCAUGCUCAGCGCCCAGGAGCGCACCCAAAUCGCGCAGGUCUGGGACCUGAUUGCGGGCCACGAGGCGCAAUUCGGGGCGGAGCUGCUGCUCAGGCUCUUCACAGUGUACCCCAGCACCAAGGUCUACUUCCCGCACCUGAGCGCCUGCCAGGACGCGACGCAGCUGCUGAGCCACGGGCAGCGCAUGCUGGCGGCGGUGGGCGCGGCGGUGCAGCACAUGGACAACCUGCGCGCCGCGCUGAGCCCGCUGGCGGACCUGCACGCGCUCGUGCUGCGCGUGGACCCAGCCAACUUUCCGCUGCUAAUCCAGUGUUUCCACGUCGUGCUGGCCUCCCACCUGCAGGACGAGUUCACCGUGCAAAUGCAAGCGGCGUGGGACAAGUUCCUGACUGGUGUGGCCGUGGUGCUGACCGAAAAAUACCGCUGAGCCCUGUGCUGCGCGGGCCUUGGUCUGUGCCUGUCAAUAAACAGAGGCCCCAAACA